AGAAAACGUUGUUUUAAUGAGUGAUUUUUCCAGGUUUCUUGAUUAUUCCAAGAAAGACGAAUUGUUACACUUAAGUGAAGCUAAGUGCUUUUAAGUAUAGAAGACCAGCAUUGAACUUACCCAAAACCUGUCUUGCCUGUCAAAAUAUGCUUUGUUUGCAUCACGCAAUCAACUGUUAUUUGAGCCCGAGACAUGACGGCGGUCACACUCUAAAAACGUCCGAAGAAGUACAAAAAAUUUAACUACUGUUUCACCUGCUACGUUGAAGCAGUAAGUUGGCCGUGAAAUUUUUCACGUUUUUGUCUUGCAAAGACUUGCUCGCCUUUGUUGACCUUGCAUUUCAAAAGAGACCUUAACUGUGCAAAAUAAUGGCCUCGCGAGGCUACACUGUUUCAGGAUCACCCUCGAGAGCGUCUUCGUCGAUCGCUAGCAGCCCUUACCAAUCGUAUAGGUCGCUGAGUGAAACGGACAGUCCUAUUUUUCGUUCUCCAAGAUCAAGUCCAGACGCUGAAUUAAUGAAUAAUUAUGGUACGUUUACCUCUGAGAUCGAAGAGAAGCAAUUGUUAAUACGAGAAAAUCACUUUGCCAGAGCUGAUAGUACAAACAGUCAGGGUUCUAUUUCUAUGGAGCUUCCGGCAGCAAAGUCGCGGAGUUCGUCGCACUCUGUAUCAUUAUGGGAACAUCUGAGAUCUAGUAGCAGGAAAGCCAAACCCUGGGUUUUGUUUUCCAUGGCUGUUGCUUUUGCAGUGAUGCUCUCCAUUAAAAAUGUGGAGCCUGAGGAAAGAAUGCUUCUGUGUGUUUCAUAUGACAAUCCACAAUAUAUUGCACUGAACAGCUCAGAAACUUCUUCUGUUACUGUUGAAGUUUGGGGACCUUUUGCACCUGAAGAUGAAGAGAACCAUGUGCAGUCAACACAAAAUCUCACCAUUGGUUUGGUCAGCACACCUACCAACACAUCAACAAUUUUUGAUGAGAAAAACAUUGGAAUUAUCUGCAGUUCUACUUUGGAUGAGAAACAUAGGCCUGUUGUCUUAAGAACAAUGACACUUCAGUUUAAUGAAUCUGUCAACAUAACACAUGUGGCUGUGACUGCAAUCAUUCCAUACCCAAUUGCCAUUUCAGUGAUGGUUUUUCAAGAAACUGAUCUUGAGAAGACAAAUGGGGUUGUUAUUGCAUCUGUCAUUUUAGUUGGAGUCUAUAUACUUAUCAUAUUUGAGUUUGUUCACCGAGCUAUAGCAGCAAUGUUAGGUGCGUUGGCAAGCUUAGCUUGCUUGUCAAUCAGGAAUAAGAGACCUUCGUUUGAAACCAUCAUCAGCUGGGUGGAGUGGGAGACACUUUCUCUUCUGUUUGGAAUGAUGAUUUUGGUUGCCAUUUUUGCUAAGUCCGGAUUCUUUGACUAUGUGGCAUUGAAGGCUUACAAACUCUCUAGAGGUCAUGUGUGGGGCCUAAUUACUCUUUUAUGUGGCUGUACGGCAUUGAUCUCUGCUGUUCUGGAUAAUGUUACGGUCAUAAUGCUUUUGACGCCAGUCACUGUGACGUUGAGUCAAGUCCUCAAUCUUAAUCCUACAUAUAUCUUGAUAGCUGAAGUAAUAUUCUCCAACAUUGGGGGAACGGCAACAGCAAUCGGUGACCCACCAAAUGUAAUUUUAGCUACCAACCCGGACCUUUGUAAACAUAUUAAGUUUCCAGAUUUCACAAAGCAUCUCGCUGGGGGUAUUGUGGUCUGCGUAUUAGUGGCAUAUCUAGUUUUAAGGCUCCUUUAUCGAAACGUGAAAAUUGUCAAUGACGAUCCGCCAAUCAUUGAAGAGCUUAAACGAGAAGCUGAGAUCUGGAAAAGAACUGCCGAGCGCUUGCCAAGUGUUCCAGCCGAGGAGAAAACUGUCAAAUUAUUACUACUGCAGAGGGUUAUGUUGCUAGAAAAUAAUGUCAGGAACAUGAAACGAAAUUCGUCCAGGAAAGGAGCUUUUCUACGAAAUCUACCAGCACUUGAAGAAAAGUAUGUCAUCAGAGAUAAAGCACUGUUAUUUAAGAGUCUACUCGUUAUCCUUCUGGUUGUUGUCGCCUUUUUCGUGGAACCGUUUGAGGAGCACAAAUUUAAUCUUAGUGUAGGAUGGAUUGCUGUCCUCGGAGCCAUACUUCUUAUCUUGCUGGCCGACGUGGCGCACUUUGAAGAAUUGAUGGAGAAAGUUGAAUGGGCAACUCUGGUAUUCUUCAGCGGACUUUUCAUCCUAAUGAAGUCUUUGAAUGAACUAGGACUCAUGGACUUUCUUGGUGAAAAUACGUUCAAUUUAAUAGAGGUAGGUUCUUCUGAAGAUCUACAACUCGGUAUUGCGAUUAUUAUCAUUUUGUGGGUCUCCGCGUUGGUUUCCUCCUUUAUAGACAACAUUCCUUUCGCAACGGCUAUGAUUCCAGUUGUUUUGAAACUCAGCGCGCAUGGGAUAGACCUUAAACCCCUUGUUUGGGCACUAGCUAUGGGUUCCUGCUUAGGAGGGAAUGGCACGCUUAUUGGUGCGUCGGCUAACGUUGUCUGUGCUGGGCUUUCAGAGCAGUAUGGCUACCCUAUUAGUUUCAACACAUUUUUCAAAAUUGGAUUUCUCAUUAUGCUUGCAACCACAACAACAGCCAUGCUUUAUCUGUUGAUCAUAGAAGUUCUCGUGUAGAGAGAAUAAUGCCUUCACACGCUUUUAUUCAAUCUUCAGAUUCAUCAAUAUUACAUUGGCUGACCCGCAAAUUGCAAUAACUAGUCUAGGGUGGAUCAAUAACAAAUUAAGAUUUAGAGAACUAACUAAGCUAUUAAGCUAACUGCCUAAACUGCAUUGGAUUCAGAGUUUGGAAAAGCUUACAACUAAACACUGGAAUUUUAGUGGAAAGAAAAGGUAAAAUAAGAAAUUAUUAAGUAAAACUCGGAUGUUACAUCAUUAUUUACAAUACUGUACUUUUGUCAUAAUUGUUUCAGUAUUCAAGUAAUUAUCUUCGUUUGCGUGGAUGCCAAACAAAAUAUCAUGGUGUUUUGCUGGCAAAGAUGUUUUGGUACUGGUCUCUUCAGCAAAUUGUUCAGAAUUGUGUAAUUGUUAAGAUAAUUCUGCAUUAUUUAAAAUGACAAAAAUCAAAUGUUAAAGAAAAUUGAAAAUUGUCAUUCAACGAUUUUAUCAGCUAUGCCACGAAGGCAACGUAUUUAACAAUGAUUUAGCCUUUCGUUGCAGUUUAUUCUUAGUUAAAAAGGAAUUAAAAGGCAAACAAACGCGCUUUAUGA